CGAGCUGUCGUUCAUUGCCGCUGGCGGCCACUGCUGCAGCGGUCGUCUUGCUGCUCUUGCGUUGGAGUGGGUGACUGCGCCGAGGAAACGGUCUGAGCGAACUGUCACAUAGGAUUUGGGGCCUGGAUAACGAUGAGCAGAGCCAAGUGUACCGUGCGAUAGCGAUUAUCUGCUACGGCUUGGCUGUUCUGCGCUCGCCGCCUGCAGGACAUUGGUGGGUCUCGACAUGGACUACCCCGGCCGAAAGCUGUCCACCUCCGGAGAUUCCCUCUACGAAAUUUUGGGUCUGCCAAAGACGUCGACGCCUGAAGACAUUAAGAGGACCUACCGGAGGUUAGCUCUCAAGUAUCACCCGGACAAGAAUCCCGACAACCCAGAAGCUGCUGAAAAAUUCAAGGAUAUCAAUCGAGCACACUCUAUCCUCGUGGACCUGACCAAGCGCAACAUCUACGACAAUUAUGGCUCCCUGGGCCUCUAUGUGGCUGAACAGUUUGGUGAAGAGAAUGUCAACACCUACUUCGUGCUCACCAGUGGAUGGUGCAAGGCACUGUUCGUGUUUUGUGGACUGAUAACUGGAUGCUACCUGUGCUGCUGCUUCUGCUGCUGCUGCAACUUCUGCUGCGGCAAGUGCCGGCCCAAGCCACCUGAAGAAGCUGGCGACUACGCCAAUCUGCAUGACGGAAAAAGCGAAGGAGUCAGAGGCACGGGCCCCAAGGAGGAGUACAGCAGUGAAGAAGGCCAGAGCCCAGUGACCACACAGCCCGGCUCCACUGGCAAGGUGGAGGCCACGCCCCUGGCCAUGCCUCCUCCACCCUCGUCUGCCGACAGCAACCUGAGCGAGACGACCAACCUGAGCACGAGCCAGCACCACACGUACAUGACACAAGAUGCUGCAGCUGUGCCCACCAGCAACCUACAGUAGGCUCCGUUCCAAAGCGACUGUGCUUGUGUCCCCCCACCUUAAUCCGUUUGUGAGAACACCUUCCCCACAUCUGGUGUGCACAUUUAUUGACUGUCUUAUAGAGCCUGCUUGUUACUGCAUGGGGGAGCUCAUUGGCACUGUUGUGCAUGGUAUCCCCAUUGGUUGUUUGUACAAUCAGCUUGCCUCUAUUUUUUUUAAUUUUCUUUUCGGUAUAAUUGUGUAACGACAUUACAGUUGUGAUGACACUUGUUAUUACAGUUGCCUAGUUUUUGCUUACCGGAGGACACGCCUUCUCUUGUAAAGUUUAACUUGAGCCACCAAUGUAAGUGCGCUGUCAUUGUUAUAUAUACUGAAUUGUAAAAAUGCAGAGAUCUUUACAGCAUAUCUAUGAGGGGUUUUAAUUUUCUGGCUGGAUAUGAAUGUGUAAAUGUCAGAGCAGUUGUCUUUCUUUGCCUUGUCUACUAGUAUUCCCAUGGCGAUGACAUGUGUGCAUAUUUGAUGGGCCGCAUGCCAUGCCUGUAGUCAUCCUUUGGGGAGUUGCGUAGUAGCACCCCAUGUCUUAGUCAAACAAUGUACAUUGCAAGUGAAGAGUUGGCAACAGCUGGCCUUUGGUUUCAUACAUUUACUCCGAAGGGGCAGCCCUAACCUUUGCUGCAUGUCUGAUGGUGGUUGCGUUGCACUACAACACACUCGUGAGACGCUAUCUACCAGAUAAAGGUGCUCGCCUGUCAUUCGGUGAUGGUAGCAAAGAUCGAUGGGACAACACAACUUCAAGACACAAUGCGGUGGUUCUCACAAACAAGAAAUGCUGCCGACCAUGCCAGUUGCUGUAGCAGUGUUGCAUCCCGCCAGUACAUAUCCGUCACUACUUUAUCUGGUGGAACGCAGCUCGCAAGUAAGCAGAGCUGUGUCCCCACCUAAAGACCCAGCCAGCCUGCCUGUGCAUGUUGCGGCUGCACAUUCCAUUCGACGGCGUUCAGUUUAGUUGUGCCCCAUUGUCAUACCUGUGCUUGGUAGCACCCCUUGCACACCCGCUACACGGGCCUGCCCACACGGCAUUCAGGUCUGGUGCAUUCGAGGUUUAGUGUCUACCCACGUACGCAGCCGUGUUCUCUUACUUGGGGAUCUGUGCACAGGCUUUCUGUUGUGCCAUCUUUGCAUUAUUUUGGGCACAACUAAUGUUGCAGUGCCAUGCCACAAAACAGUGCCCCACGUGCAGCAAGCACACUGCCAAGCAAUGAAACGAGUGCCGAGGCAUGCAGUGAAACCACUAACAUAAACGACACAUUCCUUUACAGUCUUGUGAAUGCACCAGUUCUGUAAUGCCUAACAUGCCAUCAGGUUGCCUUUGUGCUGUUUUGCUCCUCUAGGUGGGCAAGCAGCACAUCGGCAGCAGGUUGUGUGAGGUAUUUUCAAGGAUUGUCCAUAUUCUGGCUGCAGACCAGCAACUCCUUGAUUGAGCCUGUGCUUUCUCCGAGUGAAGAUGCCUUUUCUGUGUGUCUGAGGCAGCAGUUCUUAACUGCCAGUACUGUAUAGCCAAUUAAAAAUGCUUGGGUGCUUCUCUCCUGCCUGAUGUUUUUAAAUGCUGCAAUGUUUGCAAGAGCCAUCCAUGUGCUCAAUAGGUACAACGCUCAUAAAAAAUGUAAGCAACUUGUGACUGCCUGCCGACAGAUUAUUUGGUUCCUCCCACUGAGCAAUUGCAUGACUGCAACAGGGCAUGUGAUCCAUCUCAGAGAAAAAUAUCAGCCCAUCUGUGCACAAAGCUACUAAGAAAAUGUCUGUUGUGUGCACAUAAGUGGAUGUCUUUGCACAUUGUGAGCAGAACUGAUUUGCCAAUUUCUGCACCAAUCUCACGAAAGUGCUUAGUUGUGCAUCCUUGCAGCUUAAUUUAUAAAAUGUAGACGACUCUUAUCAUUGGACCGAGAUUAAAUGGUGCAUUUUGGUGUCCUUCUUUGAAA